AUGCCAGCGGAUCCCAAUCGCGAGAGGCUGCGUACCCGACAUGCCUGUCUCAAUUGUAGAAGGAAGAAGACCCGAUGUCCUGGUGAAAAGCCGGCCUGCUCAAACUGUGUCCGGCUUAAACAGUCAUGUACCUAUAUAGCAGCGAAUUUCUCAUUGACUCGCCAGCAGGACCGAUUGGCACACUUGGAAAAAAAGAUUGACCUCAUCUUAAAUGGCGGCGAGCGGCGAGUUUCUCCUCAGCAGCUCGAUCAAGAUGCGCCGAAAACCUUCGUCAAACCAUCCGAGGCCCCCUCUAAGGCGCCGCUAAAUGACAGGCCUAAUGAGACCACGCGUCACUCUAACCAAACAAACAGUUACCAAUCACAGCCUGGUCCAAGCUAUGUCAGGACCGAAGUGCCCCCAGUCGAAUUCCAACCAGCAAAUUUGGAAAUUCCUCAAUCCACCAUCGUCAAAGCGAUCGACCUUUACUUCGAACUCUUCCAUAGACAGCCUAUAUGGUGCUUCGAUCGCGAAGAUAUUGAGAACUACUCUCAAAUUUCUUUAGAGGUCGCCUAUAGCAUCCUGGAACUUACGUCGCGGUUUUCACGACAACGUGACCAGUCGGGUUAUGGCGAUAGUGCUAGAUGCUCUAUUAUGCUUCGAAUUGCAAAUGGAACAGUAGAGCUCGAAACCAUUGAAUGUCUCUGUUUACUUUCUUACUCAGCUUUUAUAGAUAGCGAUUGGUGUCUGGGCCAAUUCUACCUUGGUCUUGGCUUUCAGCUUUGUCGGUCUGCCAGGAUCGAUCGCGGGUUGACAUCAGUAGCCGAAAGCCCUCCUGCCGCCGAGCGCAAAAAGAGACUUCUUUGGAGCCUUCAAUCAUUGGAGCAAUUUUUCAGUGAAUCGGAAGGUAUUCUUGGCACAGCGCCUGAGGUUUGGCGUUCAUUCUAUGUUUCAACGAGUGCGGAUUCAGCAUUUCCCCGCGAUGCUGGGUCGUCCAGCUCAGAUAUCGGAAUCUGGAGUUAUGCAGCGUAUUUUGGAUGGGUUUGGAGUAGAGUCAGAGAAUAUGUUUCUGAAUGCUUUCAUAAUAAGAUGACAGAACCCUGGCGUCUCGACUCAAUGUAUGCCAAAGUGCUUGCCGAUAUGACAGAAAUCGAAAACCAGGUCCCCUGGCGCCAUCGAUACGAUUCAGCAAAGUUUUAUGAGCGUCGAGCCGAGGAGAUCAGUCUCAACAGAGACUACUGGAUACCGUGGAUAAAAUUACAGUUCACCUGGCAUGCGAGCUUGAUUGUGUUAAAUCACCCAUUUCUCUACAUCGUGGCGUCACAGCAUCAGCCUAAUCUGGCAAUUCCAAACACCUUCUGGAGGAAGUCCUCCGAGCUAGUCCUCCUACAUGCCACGUGGAUUGUUCGUAUGAUUGACAUGAUUCUGGAGAAGCAGAUCCGGCUUGCUGAUCCCUUUUAUGGGCAUUCGGCCGCAAUCGCAGCUACCGUGCAUCUCUACUUUUGCUGCGCGGCCGAUCCUCGACUGAAACAAAAGUCCAAAACAGACUUUGUGAAAUGUAAAUCGUUCUUGAAAAGUUUUGCAUGGUUUUCCCCUGCCUGUGAAGCCCUGCUUCAAUCACUGGACAAAAUGACACAAAUCGCAUCUGGGUCAGAUCGCUUGGACGACGACUGGGCACCAUCCAAAAUCUAUCUCAGCAUCCCUCUGAUGUGGGGUAUCCUACAGUUUAAUGUCCCAUCCUCUCACGGUGUGUCUUCCAAAUCGGCCGCCUUACUACACUCUUCCCUUGCUUCGACCCCAUGUAGCGAGGAAACGGAGCAAAGCCAGACCCUUGAGAUCAGUGUUACAGCAUCGCCGCCACAAGUAAUGGUUGACCCUGCCGUAGGGCACAAUGCCAGCCUACCGCCCUAUAUGAUCACUGUAUCAACACAAGAUUCUCGUGACGGCACUCCUAUGCGAGACAUUCUGGUUCCACCGGCGGAUAGUCUCAUGUUCAAUGCUCCGUGGCUAUGGGCGCAUCUUUCCCAAUUUGGCGAUAUGGGCGUUGCGGCCGGCUUCGAGCCAGACCCUACAGUCGGUGAGGGGUUUUCUACCUGGUGGGAUUUUGGCAAUUUUUAA